AUGUUUCGACACUUGUUAGGACUACUUGUAGGAAUUGAUCUGAUACUAACAGUAAUAUGUCAGUCUCGCAGUUUCUUUGAUAUGAACUGUCCACAAAAUAAGGCUGCCAAUUUUAGGAAAUGUGAAGUCUUUGUAGACUCUCACUUAGAUUUUACCGACUUUAAACAAUGGGCAUCUGAACUUGAGAGAGCAGUUAAAAUAUCUUUAGACGUAACCUGUAGUUCGAAGGGGGUAUUCUUCCUUCCUUGGCCAAUGAAAGCUAGAGGACUUACCAAACUUAACGUGAAAGGGUGUAUACUGGACGGAUUCUUUUCAGAGUCCUUCACUCCAACAAAUUUGAAAGAUGAGCUACAAGAGUUAUCUUUAGAUAAUUGCGUUAUUACUGCCAAUAUGAAACCAGUGAUUCGUUUACUGAGUACACCAUUGACACAGGAAAUCGAUUGUGGACAACAAACUUUACAGAGGUCAGUUUGGCGUAAUAUCACAUACAUGCAUAUGAGUACGAACAAACAGGAUGAUAUUGAAACAGAAGAAUUGGCAUUGAAUUUUUCAUUCGAUGAACUUUUAAACAGAAUUAGACAUAGAGGAUAUAGAUGCGAAUAUUUACACUUAACAUACCUGGAUAAAAGCAUCAGAACAUCUGGUAGUAGAUAUGGUUUUCAUCUGAUGACUGCCAGUUCAGAUUUCCCGAAACUUCACACAUUUCUUUCCACGAACAACGGAUAUACUAGAGUACCGCAAGAGUUAACCGAUUGGAGGAAAUAUUUUCCACAACUUAAACUUUUAGAUCUUUCUGAUAAUUUUAUUACAAAGUUCAACUUUUUGGGAGCACCCUCCACAGAAAAGAUCUCAAAAUCAGAGCCGCUGGUGGUAAAUCUAUCUGAGAACUCAGUAACUGAAAUUCCAGAAGACAUGCAAGAUUAUCUCACUGGUACUGUGCCGAUUAUUGUUGAUUUAACUGGGAAUCCGCUAAGUUGUGAUUGUAAUUUCCUAAGAUAUAAACACUAUGUCAUGAAUGUGCUUAAAAGAUUUAAGCAGUAUGAAAAAUUGUCAGGGAUAACUUGUUAUUCCGCAAUAAUGCACCAGAAAAUACAGCUGGCAAAUUACCGUAACAAUAAUUGUUUUAAAAGAACUUAUUAG